AGUUUAUAUAGUCUCGUGAACAUUGCGCAUUGGAAUAACCCUUGGUUGUUUGUGGUGUCUGCCUCUUUGCCUUAGAGGUCUGUUGUUCAGAACCUUCAAGCACUGACAAAAACUGACAUUAAUUUCAACCGCUUUCAGAGGGAAGUUUGUGUUUAAGAGUCAAGACAGUUUCUUGCUCGGAGACCCGGCAAGAUCAUGAGGCGAACAUUGUUGACGACCAUUGUUCUUUUGAUUUUCUGUCGAGGAGUAAACUCUUUUGAGUGGAUCUCUGACCUCCAAGAUGGCGCUGACAUCUACGCGUGUGUAGACGACACAGUCACCAUGAGCUGGCGGUACGCGGUACAGGAGGGAGAAGUGGUUGAGGAUGUCAAGUGGUACUUUGACCCAGGAAACAACAGCCGUACAGCUAUCGCCGCCAUCGUCGAAAAUCUCUUUUUCCCUCUGUCCUCCUCUUACUCUAACAGACUAUACUAUGCACCGGAAGAAGGAAUUACACUGACCCUUGUCACCGGAAGAGACAGCGGACAAUACUCGGUGGCGGUGACUGUCCUCAACUCAUCAUGUUUCGCCACGCACAUGCGCACUGUGUCUCUUGUAGUAGCAGAAGAGGCCCUGGUUGACCACAGCAAGGCUCUGAAAGCACAACAGGAGCGUUUGACGGUCCACGACAACAAGACUGGCCAGCUGCACGUGCAGCUGUCGUGUGGAGAUUACAUCAUCACUGGACACCCGCCUGUCUCUGUGGAAUGGACGUUUCCUUCUGGUGAAACACAACUUGUCUCAACGCACAUCGACGGUAAAUUUUUUCUGACCUUGCCCAACCCCGUGGAGGGAGGUAACUACACGUGUCGCCUGUCCUCCAAGUUACCGCCCGUGUCGUGCCUACCCCACAAUGCCAGUGUGCUUGAAGUCUCUUCAGUGACUGUGGACGAGGUGAAGGUGAGGCUGUCACUGCUGGAAGGCGAGCAGGAGAUUAUAAAGACAGAUAAACAAGAGAUGAUGACAGAAAUGGACCGACUGAGAGAGGAGAACCAGAACCUCACGGAAAUCAUCAACUCUCAACAGAGAUACUUCCUUGAACUUGGCUCCAAGAAUGUCAUGUUUGAAGGCCGUCUAAGUGGCAAUUUAUAUAUUAAUUCCGGACAGCGCGUGGUGUUUUCUCAAGCUAGAGAAAUGAAGGAAAUGCCUACAAUACAGCUACAGGAGUGUUUACUGCCCCCUUUAAUGCGACUUACUUCUUUGUGCUCACCGCAGCCCACACAGCCAGCUAUUAUGGCUCGUCAUCAUCAACAGCAUUAUUGUCUUUAAGUGACAAUCGCUCCACAUUCUGUCAAGUGCAAACUCAAACUCAAAUGUUGCAGUAAGCUGUGUAGCCACAGUGUACAGAGCACAGGGAGAACAGGUGUGGGUGAGUAGUUCUGGAGGCUCUACAUUAUAUGGUCCUUACUGUUCUUUCGUCGGCGUUUCCUUGCAGGCUGACCUCCCAUAAUAGAGACUUGACCUUGUUCUGAAUAAUCACUGCAGGACUCUUUUUCCUUAAAAAAACCGAAACAAACAACAAAUUACCGGCUGUGGUUCGAUGACGACUGAAAUUGUGUCCAAAUGCUGAAUCUGAGGGCAAAAUAAAUGUUUUGAAUAUCUGCUUUUUUUCGAGAAAUAGCCAGCUUUUAAUAUAUAUUUAGUUAUUCUCAGAUUGGAAAUAGGAUUAAGUAGACUUGCUUGAGUUAGGGGUAGGGUUGAACUGGCUUGAAAGAAAACUUCAGUUAGAACGGAAGUAAAUGGUCGGAGGGAAAAGUCUUUGAUAUAUCACUGUAUCAAGACAAAACCCUGUCAAAUACAAAAUUAAUUGCUGCAAUUAAAACAAACGGUAAAGGUAGGCAUACAAACGAUUUUAAGUAGUAUGUAAGAUACAAACGACCUGAGUAAAGUAAUAAAAGACCUAAAAAAGAACACAUGCAAGUUUGUUUAGUUUAUCAACAGCCAGCACCCUUCUGACAGUUGUAAGAUUUAUUAAGACCAUGGCAUCAUCCCUUACACAAUGAUUACAGAUAAAACAUAGCUUAAGAACAUGUUCAUAAUACUGCCAGUAUAAAUAGCAUCCAAGUUAUGUGUUUUGUGGUUAUUAUUGAGUUUUGUAACCUGUCUACAGAGUCUCCACAUAAUAAUUGUGAAAGAAAUAUGUACGGACUUAUGUAUCAAUAUAACCAUGAGGUUUAUCAUGUUUCUGUGAAUCAGAAUGUUUGAAGUUUAGAUGGCAGACUUUUACACACACACACCAAAUGACCAUCUUUAAUAAUCCAAAUAGGCAGUUUCAACAAAAAAAAUCUGUGCUGUAAAAACUGAGUGCUGUCUUUUUUAAUUUUGGUAUUCAUCAGUACAGUUUUCAAUAAUAUUAUCUUCACAUUUGCACUUGAUGCAAGGGAUUAUAUUACAUUGUUAUACAGAUUAUUUGAAUUAAACCAUUUUGAUUUGCAAAUUCA